AUGUUAUCUACUAAUCCCGUGGACCUUUUAAUUGUAAAUGAAACAAAAUUGAAACAACAUGAUGAUUAUUAUCUGAAAGGCUAUUACUCCCUUGAUAUCAAAUGGAAGUCGGGUUCGAUAGCUAGUACGGGGACUUCUAUAUUUUACAAAUCAACUUUGAGAGUGAAAAAUUUGAAAAUUGUUUCUGAAGAACUCUGUGAAUUUGUCACAAUCGAUGUUCGACUUGAAAAAACAUGGAUUAAAAUUGGAGGGAUGUAUUCGAAAUAUCUUUCUAAAUACCCAUCGCUUAUCAAGAAUUUUUUCGCUGAUAAGCACACGUCAUUAUCAAUACUCCUUGGAGAUUUGAAUGAUAAGUGCUCCUCCUUCGGCUGUAUGGGGACUAACAGGGAUGGUUUCAUUCUUAAGAAACUUUCCAAAUCCUUUGGUUUUUCAGUCAUCACAUCUAAAACUCCAAAUCAUUACUCUCCAGGAGGGUGGGACUAUUUGGGCUUGGCUUUGGUGUCUUUGUCUGCCCUUCAACUCUUGGAAGAACCGAUUACUAUCAAUGACAUUGGGAGUGAUCAUCUGCCGAUCUUAUAUAAACUCAACGUCACCCCGUUGAAGGUUACGCCUACUUUCAUACGAUGCAACCUUACUCCCAUAAACUGGGAUCACUACAGAAAAAGUUUUGCAAUUUAUCUGAACAAAUUUGCCCCUCAACUUGGGGAUAAUUUUUCAGGAGAAGAUUUGGAAAAGUCGAGCAAUUCUCUUAUUGGCUUCAUAAAGUCUUAUCUAGAAAUACACUCUUCUAAAAUCACCUCGAACAGUAAGAAAAUUCCGUUGACAUGCAAAAAUGUUGCAGUCCUUUUAAAGAAAAAACAAUGCAUAAGGAACAAACUUUGUCGUUGUGUGGACUUUCACGACCGAUCUGUUCUAAAAAACGAAAUGUUUGCCAUUUCCCAGGAAAUAAGAAGGUCAACAAUUGCUGCUAAGAAUAAAGAAUGGAAGGCUGAGUGCAAUAAAUUACAUAAAGCAAAUCCAAACUUUUGGAAAGUUUUCGGAAAAUUAUCCACUUCAAAAUCCGAGGAAGCAAUACCGAAACUGUUAAAUCAAGAUAGAUCCCCUGCUUCUCUUGAAGAAAUUUAUGAACUUUAUAAAUAUUUGAGAUGUCUUUUCUCCUGUAGUCUUCAUUUGGGAUACGUCCCCUCCUCCUGA